CGCCCCCCUCGCCCUCGUUGCCGGUUAAAGUCCGCGUUUGUUUGCAAACCGUCUGCCCGCCUCCUCGCCGGCGGCCAUAAUAAAAGCGCGGCGUCGGCGGCCCUCGCCGUUCCCGAUCCUUCCCGGUUUCCGUCAUGCCGACUCAGCUGCUGGCCGUUCUGCUGUUGUGCGCCGCGGCCGCCCCGGGCCUCCGGGGGGCGCCGUCCUCGCCGGCGGUGACCUGCGACGGAGGCGGCGAGGCGGCGGCGGCGAGCCUCGCCGUCCGCCACAUCAACGAGCAUCACGAGCACGGAUUCAAGUUCAAGCUGGAUGAGAUGCAGAGCAGCAAAAUUGAACACGUCCCCGGCGGUUGCCACUUCGACGUCAACGUCAAGCUGAUGCAGACCGACUGUCACGUCACCAACCCCAAACCGGCGGACCAGUGCGACUUCAUGAUGCAGUCCGAACGGGGCGCCGUGGCCACCUGUAACAGCAAGUUGGACGUGAAGGGGGGCGUGGCCACAGUCACCAGCCACCAAUGCGCCACCAGACCAGAACUGAGCAACUCGGAGAUGGUGGCGACGUGUCCCGACUGCCCCGCCCUCCUCCCCCUCGACGACGAGACGGGCGUGAAAGCGGUCGAGGAGGCGGUGAAGAAGUUCAACCGGGAGAGCAACCACCAGAACUAUUUUGCCCUGAUGGAAAUUUCUCUGUUGACCAGCGGGUACAUCCCGUCCGUCGGAACGAAUACCUGGCUCAAGUUCGCCUUGGUGGAGACCGUCUGUCCCAAGAAUUCCAGGAUCCUUCAGCAGGCCUGCACGCCUCGCUGCCCGGACCGAGCGCAUCACGCCUUCUGUGAGUCCUCGUACACGCACAGCACCGGAGAAUUGGGGGCGGUUACGUGCGAAGUGUACCUGCCAAAAAAUACCGAGCCCCUGGAGCCCGGCGCGCAGGAGCCCGCGUGCUCGGCGGGCUUCCACGGAUCCGCGGAAGCGUCCGCCUGCACGGCUCGGCUGGGCGCCGCCGAGCCCAGCAUCCACCCGAUUUGUCCUUUCCCGCUUGCCGUACAGCUGCCACAAGUGCCGCAGCUGCGCCAGGUCUGAGAGCUCCGCGUCACAAUAAAGCAA